AUGUUUCAAAAAUUCAAGAGAGUGGAAGCUGGCACCGCCGCUGUCUCCCUCACCACCAUCAUGAUCCUCUACUGGGACCUCAUCAGCCAUGAGAUGGUCUCCGACAUCAGCAAGAUCUGGGAGAUCUCGGGUGGUCUCUGUCUGAAAGUGGAGGGGAAGAUGGUCAAUGGGACCAUCCAUGACCCGCUCGUGGGUGGCAAUACCUCAGUUGGAGGCCCCGAUGGUGAUGGAACGGAAAGCACAGUGGUCACCGGGGUUGAUAUUGUCAUGAACCCCCACUCGCAGGAAACCAGCUUCACCAAAGAAGCCUACAAGAAGGACAUCAAAGACGACAUGAACUCAGUCAAAGGCAAACUUGAAGAGCAGAAACCAGAAACAGUAAAGCCUUGUAUGACAGGGGCUGCAGAACAAAUCAAGUACAUCCUUGAAAAUUUCAAAAACGACCGGUUCUUUCUUGGUGAGAACAUGAAUCCAGAUGGCAUGGUUGCUCUGCUGGACUACCGUGAAGAUGGUGUGACCCCAUGUGUGACCUUCUUUAAGGACGACUGA